CUGUGGCGGAAGGCGAGGCAAGGCAAGGCGAGUGCGUCAAGCGCCGCUAGGCCGAUCCGCGAAGCUGCUGCUUUAAGGAUGGUAGAAGCCGCUCGCGCAGCACAGGUGAACCAUAAACUCUUCAAAGGAAGUCAGUGAGGGUGAAAAAGAAAUAAUGUUGUCAAGGCCCAAGCCUGGUGAAUCAGAGGCAGACUUGCUGAGAUUCCAGGAUCAGUUCCUGGCAGCAAAAUCUUCUCCAGCAGUGAAGAUUGUAAAGAAAGCCAACAAGAAAAGAGAGCAUGUGGCCAAUGAGGGUGAUGACGAAAGACCCCCGUUGCAAGAAAGCAGAGAUGUGGUGGCGUUGGAUGGCUUUCCUGAUGUGCUUCCACCUCUGACACCAGCUCCUCCAAAGAAAUCCAAGUUAAGAAGUGCCCGUGUCCAUUUUGAUGAGGAUCCUGGGAAGCAGUUGGAUCAUGGUGAUGAACACAUCACAGCAGUCCUCAGCCAAAUCAUUGAACGUGACACAAGCAUGGCCAGUGUGGCCGCUCCACUCUUCACGGGAGAUCCAUUUCCCAGAGUUUUUCACAGGUCUGAAAUAAAAGCAGAGGCAAAGUCAACUCAUGUAAGGAAAAGCAUCUUUGCCCAGAAGAUAGCUGCUAAGCGAGCAGCUGAACUGGCUCAGGCAUCUUGUGCUGUUGAUGAUGCUGAACAGACAGACGCUGGACGAACAGUUCCAGAUGCUGCCCUGCCUUCUGUACCUUUGAAGGCACAGUUCCAGACAGAAGGGGAAGAUAAUCUUGUAAACAGUCAGUGCUCUCUUAUUGUGACUGGUGAGGGACUUGGAGGCCUGGCUGGUAAGCAGGAAGCCUUGAACAUCCACAAGGAGAAUGUGGAGAAAUUGCAAUCCAUGACUGAGGAACAGAUCUUGGAGGAACAGAAACGGUUGCUGGCUCAGUUAGAUCCCGGUGUAGUUGCUUUCUUAAAGUCACGGCAUGGUGCUACUAGUACAACUAGUGAAGAAGAGGAAAAGAUGGAAAAGGAGAUCCCAAGGAAGCUUGUGCAUCUGGAAGCAGGUCCUCUAGCCCAGCAUGAGGUCGAAGAGACUCUGAAAGAGCCUUUUGUACAUGAACCCAAUGCAGAAGAGGAGUCAGACAUAGAGGAUUUCAAAAAGACUGAAGCCAGUACUAGAAUGGAUGUUGCAGAUAGUGACCUUCCUGUGAAGCCUCAGAAAGAAUGGCUCCACAUGGACAGUGUAGAGUUUGAGAAGCUGGAGUGGAUGAAGGACCUGCCCCAGCCUCGGCAGAAAAAAACCAAAAAGGGAAUGCAGGCACGGUUCAGCCUCAAAGGAGAACUUAUUCCCCCAGAUAAAGACCUCCCUACACAUUUGGGUCUGCAUCACCAUGGAGAGGAAGCAGAAAGGGCUGGCUACUCACUCCAAGAACUCUUCCACUUGUCUCGCAGCCAAGUCAUUCAGCAAAGGACUCUGGCUUUACAGGUGCUGGGCCAUAUUGUCCAGAAGGCUAAGGCCGGAGAGUUUGCCUCCCUGCUGAAAAGAAGUGUCUUGCAAGUGUUGCUUGAUGCUGGUUUCCUCUUCUUGCUCCGUUUUUCCUUGGAUGAUCCAGUGGAGAACGUCAUUGCAGCUGCAGUCCAUGCCCUUCAUGCACUACUGGUCUCUGCAGACGAUGAGUACUAUCUUGAUAAGACUUUCUCAUGGUACCAGGGCAUGUUUGUCCAUCCUUUUAUCCCAAACAAAGAGGAAGAAGAAGAGAUGGAGGAUGAAGAUGAAGGCACUGAACAAACUCUCAUCCAAAAGACCCUGGAGAGAAAAUCAAAGGAUGACAACAAGCCAGAUCCAGAAGUGGCACGGUAUGAUGUUGUAAAGGGACUUCUGAAAACCAGGAUUCUUCACCGCAUGAGAUACAUUCUGGAAGUGAUGCAACCUGUGCCUUUGGUAGUCCUGGAGAUUCUAGAUAUUCUUAUUCACGUAGCAAGGCACUCCACUGAAGCAUCCUGUCAGGUCCUGGAUUGCCCUCGUCUGAUUGAGACUGUCACCAGGGAGUUCCUUCCCAUCCAGUGGAAUCCAAAAGUAGCUGAACCUGGGCAGUUGCUCACAAGCCUACAUGGGGUUCCAUGUGCCACUGCGAUGAAACUAAUUAGAGUCUUAGCAUCUGGAGGGCGAAAUGUAGCCGCCAGGCUGCUUAAUAAAUUUGACAUGAAGAGUAGACUGAGUCGGUUCAUAGCUGAAGAUCCCAAAGACCUUCCACUAAGGAAAGAGGAAGCCAUCAAGAUGAACACGGAAGCAUUUCGUUUAUGGGCUGUGGCUGCUGGUUAUGGACAAGCCUGCGAUCUCUAUAGGGAUCUGUAUCCUGUGCUAAUGAAGAUGGUGCAGUCUCUGACUCGGCUGGCCAGCAGUGCUCAGGAGAAAAACCCCACCUUUGAGCUUUCUAUCCAGCGAGCUACAGCCAUGAUGACUCUGCUUACCCAGGUGACGCAGACAGCAGGCUGCAGAGCAGAACUGCAGGCCCAAUUCAGCAGGAGUGACCAGAUCCCACUUCCAGCAGUCACCUGGAGUCAGGUGUCAGGUUUCCAGCCCAUUGUUGAAUCUAACCUGAAAAGUUGCCUUAAAGAGAUAUCACAGGCAGAUGCCUGGGAGGCACUACAACCUCUUGCUUCAGCCUAUCUCCUCUACAUGGGGGUAUUUUACAGUAACUGCAGUCAACAGCCAUCAGUAAAUCCUGUUGAUUGCUUAGAAGAAAUAGAAGAUUUGACAUCUGCAAUGCUGCUUCCUCUCCUCAGCCAGCCAGCCAUACAGGCCCUGUGGGAAAAGCUCAUGCCAUGUUCGGCACUGUGCAAUCCUUUGUCCUGUUCCCCUGCACCAGAAACACUCCCCAGCAUCAUUUCCCUGGGUUGCACUGGAGGCAAGCCCCCAAUGAGCUUAGCUGGCUCUAAGUCGCCUUUCCCUUUCCUUACUGCCAUCCUUGUUCUUGUCAACAGCAGCAUCCACAUACACAAAGGGCUGCUUGGCAAGUAUGUGUCCAUUCUGGAUGUGAAGGGUCUGAAAUACUAUCUGCUCCAGAGCCAGACUGCUGGAUCAUGCUCUUUAACCCCCUCCUCUGUGUGGCUCUUGCGCCAUGAGUACCACUUCCAAUACUUUGUGCUUGCAAUCGCUCAGAAAAUGGCAGGUACUUGUUCGGAUUACAGCCAGCAUGCCUCAUGCCAUCACUUGGUUGCCAUGGCAUUGUUAAAUCGUUUGUUGCCAGGCAGCGAGCACCUGGCUCACGAACUCCUAUUGGGUCUUGCUUUUAAUCCCAAACUGAUCCCAGAAGGCAAAGCCGGAGGGCCUGAAGCUGCUGACUUCUCGGACCUUCUGCACUUGAGCUCAAAGGCAAAACCUACCCAGCCGGGCUCAGCAGCUGCCAUUUCUCCCCUCCCUACUCGUGGUGCCUUACUUGAAGAAGCAUACCAGCACCUCCCGCUUAUCCAAGCCUGUUAUCUAUCUCAUUUUGUUUACCUGGAGCCAGCUCUUGUGCGUUCCAGAAAUAUUUACCAAGGUCAAACUCAUCUCAUCCAGUCCAUGCUUCUUCCUGCAGUCAGAGGGCCCAUCCUGCCUUCAGACUGGCCAUUCCUUCCUCUCAUCAACCUCUAUAAUAAAGUAACUGGUGCAGAAAUGCAGUGGGCCGUGCCAACUUGUCUUCCUGUGGAUCUAGUCAACACUGUGACCCGGAACCUGCAGUUGGUCCUCCUGUUGGAGACCUGGAGAGCCAAAGCCCUUCAGGACAUCUCAGCCGCAGCCAAACUGGCAAGGCUCAUGUGUGUCUUCCUCACAGGCAGUGACUUGUUCCUGGAAGGUCCUGUCCACUGCUAUACAGCGGCUCUGCUCUCACUUUAUUGUCACUCCAAAGUCCAGGCCUCCUUGAACUUGGAUGCUCCCCUUCCUGGCUUGGCUUCAUUUCAUGACCUCUACAUCAACCUCCUGGAACAGUUUGAAGGAGUCUCCUUUGGAGACCCUCUCUUUGGUGCCUUUGUGCUUCUUCCCCUACAGAGAAGGUUCAGCGUUCAGCUAAGAUUGGCUGUCUUUGGAGAGCAUGUGAGCACCUUGAGAGCACUGGGGGUUCCGCUCAAAGAGUUCUCCCUCCCUCUGGAGCAGUACCUUUCCCCCCCUGAGGACAAUCUGAAUCUCUUACGGCAGUACUUCCAGACCCUGGUCACAGGGGUUCUGCGACAGAAGUGGUGCCCUGUUUUGUAUGUGGUUGCUGUGGCCCAUGUCAACAGUUUCAUUUUCUCCCAGGAUAGCACCACGCAGGAGGUAGAUGCUGCCCGCAAAACCCUGCUCCAGAAAACCUGGCUCUUGGCAGAUGAGGCAUUAAAGAGGCAUCUUCUCUACUACAAAUGUCCAAAUAAAGAUAGCCCAGUGGGCUUUGAUCUUUAUGAACAGCUUCCUGCCAUUCGACUGAAAUAUCUGCAUGCUGUGACAGUGAAGGCACCCAGCAGGGAGCCGCCUUUGCCAGACUCUUAGAGGAGGACCUCAGCUGAUGGCUGAAGAAGCGAGGGGCUGUGGUGACGAGACACAGAAAGCGUUGUCACUUCCAUGCUCUUGCCUGAGCAGAACAGACAAGGAUCUGCAUUCUUUGACUUGGCCUGGCCUGGCCUUGGUAGACCAUCAGACCAACUUCCCGUUUCUUCUUUCCAGUCAACUUUUUUCCACAAUGGGGAAACAAAUUGAGAAGAGCAAGUGUGUGUUUUGAGAGGAAAGAUGAAUAAAUUAAAAAAUGUGGUACAAAGUGA